UUAGUUUUUCAUCAAAUGGGUGUGUUUCAAGAUUUCAUUUUUCACUGGAUAAACAUGAAAAAUUAACCUUGAUCUUGUCAAAACUUGUUUUCUGAAGUCAAGGUUAAACAACUUGGGUUGCAUAAUGAUAUUGGCUUGAUCGAUCCCUCAGAAGGCUCCAACUGCAAAAUUGGAAUGACAUCCUCAACCUGUUUCCUUCUUUUAUUCCUUCUGCUCCUUUCAUCCUCCACGAGUGGUGUUCAACAUCAUGAAGAGGGUUUCAUCUCUAUCACCAUAUCUGAUAAGGGUCUCGAUUUUGCCAAGGAUAUUCUGAUAGACCAAGCUGUUGACUCUAUUACUCUGUCUCAAUUGCCAGAUAUUGAGGAGACUGUUCAAGUCCCUCUUGUUGGAAAAGCCAGAGUUGUUCUUUCUGAAAUCACUAUCAAUGAUAUCCAAGUAAAUUCUUCAUCUGUUAAUACAGGAGAAACAGGCAUUGCUGUUGUUGUUUCAGGUGCCACAGCUAACUUGAGUUUGAAGUGGAGGUACUCUGCCAGCAGUUGGUUAGUCCCAAUUGGAAUUUCUGAUAGUGGAACUGCAACUGCAAAGGUUAAUGAUUUGCAAGUUGGACUUACUGUGAAUUUAACGAAUCAAGAAGGAACUCUUAAGCUGCUUCUCCUGGAUUCUGGAUGCCAUGUUAGAGAUUUAUCCAUAAAGUUACAUGGUGGAGCAGCUUGGCUUUACCAAGUGCUAGUAGAUGCUUUUGCAGGAAGUAUAGCAUCUGGAGUUGAAGAGGCAGUUUCUGAUCAAAUAAAUGAGGGGAUAUCAACUCUUGAUGUUUUGUUACAAUCUCUUCCAAAGACUUACCCAAUAGACGAAACAGCUGCUCUAAAUGUUUCUUUCGUGAACAAUCCUGAACUAAGUGAUUCUGCUAUUGAAUUAGAAAUUAAUGGUUUAUUCAUAGGAAGGAAUGAAAUUUUGUCACCUCAAGGUUACCACAGAGGUUCAGACGUUUCUGUUUCCCGUGCCAACCCUUCGCCAAAGAUGAUAACAAUUUCAUUACAUGAAAAUGUUUUCAAAUCCGGUUCCUUGGUUUACUUCACUGCAGAUACUUUGAAAUGGACUGUUGAUGAACUGCCUGAUCAGAACCUUCUGAACACUGCUGAAUGGAGAUUCCUUAUUCCUCAGUUAUACAAGCAAUAUCCAAACGAUGACAUGAAUCUUGAUGUCUUUGUGUCUUCUCCACCGGAUAUACAAGUGACAAACAAAGAUGUUGGUGUCCAAAUUUCCAUAGAUAUAAUACUUAAUGUUCUGGAAGCUGGUGAAGUCGUACCUGUUGCAUGCAUCUCGGUGGAUUUUAGUGCAUCCUGUGCUGCGGAGAUCAUAGGAAACAAUCUUGCUGGUUGGCUUAAAUUGAAAAAGUUUUCGACAUACUUGAAAUGGAGUAAAAUAGGGAAACUGCACGUGAAUCUGAUUCAGUCAGUGACAUCAGCUGUCCUCAAAACCGUUCUCAUACCAUACCUGAACUCACAGUUAGUGAGGGGAAUUCCACUGCCAAUUCUUAAUGAUUUUGCUCUUGAGAAUGCUCGUAUAUUGUAUGCUCCCCCAUGGAUUACUGUGUCCAGUGAUGUUUCUUUCUUCGGACAAUAUCAUCACAAGCAUCUACCAGCUUAUGUAUCAUAAACAAGUUCUCAGAUAUUUGUCUGCUUGUGUUCCAAGUGGCAAUAAGGUAAUGAGAAACUGGUCAAGAUGGCAGUGAAGAGUGAAUCUCAUGAACAAACAUGCAUGCAGGUCCAUUACUCAUCUUCUGGUAUUUUAUGUGUUCCAUCACUGGUGUAGCUGAUUUUACCUUUGUAAAUCAUUCUGUCCUUACGAUCACUUGAAAAAGAUUGCUCUUUAUGUGUAAACGUGUGAAAAUAAUGCUAACUUUUUGUUCGUAUAUUUCAUUCACAGAUCUUCAGUUCA